AUGGACGCGGCAGCAAUGGAACUGGCACGACUCGUGCUACGACAAGACUCAGGUGCUGAGACGGAAACGACGCCAGCUUGCAGCGGCUCUAACGAUUAUGAUGGACGCAUGGGCGUUCGCAUAUCUUCUAUCUUCGUCAUCUUCGUCGGUUCGUUAUGGGGUGCUAUUUUCCCAACAUUCGCGAAGCGUGCGAAGACAAAGCUGGUGCCUGCCUGGACAUUCUUCGUUGCUAAGUAUUUCGGCUCUGGAGUCAUUAUCGCAACAGCAUUCAUCCACCUGCUCGCCCCUGCAAAUGAGGCUCUCGGUAACCCAUGUCUCGUCGGCCAAACCAUCUCGUCGGACACGUACCCAUGGCCCGAGGCUAUCGCACUCAUGACUGCUUUCGUCAUGUUCUUCCUCGAACUGAUGACCAUGCGCUACGCCAAGUUUGGGAGUGGCCAUGACCACGAAAACGGUGACUCCCACUCCCACAGCCACUCCCACAGCCACGACGACGAGCACAGCCUUGAGGACAAGCGCGCCUCCCCCGAAGAAGCUGUCCCCAGGGCCUCCCACGUCCGCGGCGAGGACCACCUCGGCCACCAGCGCGACCACAUGGACAACUCGGCGCUCGACCCCAACUGGGAAUCGCAGGGCAUCGUUCCUGAGACAUACGCCGCCCAGCUCACCGCCGUCUUCAUCCUCGAGUUCGGUGUCAUCUUCCACUCCAUCUUCAUCGGUCUCACUCUGGCUGUCGCCGGCGACGAGUUCAUCACCCUGUACAUCGUGCUCGUCUUCCACCAGACCUUUGAGGGCCUCGGUCUGGGCGCUCGUCUCGCCGAGGUCCCGUGGCCACGCAGCAAGCGCUGGACACCCUACCUCCUGGGCCUGGGCUACGGCGUCUCGACACCCAUUGCUAUUGCCAUUGGUCUCGGCGUCCGCACCACCUUCUCCCCCGAAAGCCAGACGACCCUCAUGGUCAACGGCAUCUUCGACUCGAUCAGCGCGGGCAUCCUCAUCUACACGGGCCUGGUUGAGUUGAUGGCGCACGAGUUCAUGUUCAGCCCGUACAUGCAGAAGGGGCCUGUCAGCCGGACGCUGAACGCGUUCGGGCUGAUGAUGCUCGGUGCUGGGUUGAUGGCUGUGCUUGGCUACUGGGCUUAG